AUGAUGGAAGCCAAUUUAAAAUACAACCCUUCAAAGGAAAAUCAAGGAGGAAAACACGACGCCGAAAAGAAUAUUCAUGACAUGUAUAGAUGUUUUGAAAUAUUUCUGCAGAAAGACUAUUUUAAAGAGAGCGUAUCGUUUAAAGUUGCUAAAUUGAUUACUCUUUUCAAGUGCACUCAACCAGAUCUGUAUCAAUAUUUUGAGAACGAGGAAGUAGAGCCGAACGAGUGGUGUCUUCCAUGGAUCAAAUAUUUACUUUCAAAGGAGCUUCCAAUUGAUUGUGUCAAACGAUUGUGGGAUACCUAUUUCUCAACUCAUGAUUUUGAUCUGCAUAUUUAUGUAUGCCUCGCAAUUUUACAGUAUUUUAGUGAGACGUUGAUGGAGCUAGAAUACAGUGAAAUCAAAUAUUUCCUUAAUCACAUCUAUACAAUUGAGAAUGAAGAUGGUGAAAAUAGUUUACUGCGAAUUAUACCCCAUAUCAUCAAGCAAGCAUACAACUUUAGAGCUUAUGUGAAAUCAAGGCAAUUGAUAUAG